AUGAGUAGCCAUGAAGAACAAAACCGUCCCGGAAAUUCAGUUGCUGGACUGUCUAAUCUUCAGAUGCGAGCUUUGAAUGAUUCUUUUUCUAACCUUAUAAACACAGGUCUAGAGCAGAUCCAUCAAAGGCUUGACGAACUUCAAGUAAGUCAGUCCCAUCCGAGAUCAAGGACAAGAACCAAUCAGCCGCGAAGGAAUACCCGGUCAGAUGAUGAGUUUCCUGAUGAGGACGCCCAAGAGGACGAGGUCAGAUCCGCUUACCGGCCUAGAAGAGGUCAUAGAACUCGAAACCCAGGUGAUGUCAAUCCAUUUGCUAGAAACAAUCGUACUGAUGAUAGUUUGAACGGAUUGAAAUUGAAAAUUCCACCUUUUGAUGGUAAAAACGACCCUGAUGCUUUUCUAGAGUGGGAAAGAAAAAUUGAGCAUGUCUUUGAUUGUCAAAACUAUUCUGAACUUAGAAAAGUAAGGCUUGCGGCCACUGAAUUCUCUGGCUAUGCUAUUAACUGGUAUGAUCAAGUGUUGACCCACAGGAGGAGAACAGGUGAGCGGCCGAUUGAGACAUGGGAUGAGCUUACCUUGUUGAUGAGGAAACGAUUCGUGCCAACCCAUUAUCACCGCGACCUCCACCAGAAGCUAAGACGUUUGCUUCAAGGAACCAAAUCUGUGGAAGACUAUUAUCAAGAGAUGGAAGUUUUGAUGACCAAAACGGACACGGAUGAACCUUUGGACGCCACUAUGGCUCGCUUUCUUUCGGGCCUCAACCGUGACAUCCAAGAUCGUAUGGAGCUUCAAGAGUAUGGAAGUGUGGAACAGAUGCUACACAAAGCCAUCUUGAUCGAGCAACAACUCAAGAGAAGGAGUUUCACAAAACCGGCCACUACUUCUAAGCCGGCCUACUCUCCUAAACCGGCCUAUGCUCCUAAGCCAAGCUAUCAAGACAAAGGUAAGUCGCCUAUCACAACACAUACUGCCUUUAAAACUAAUGUUUCCACUCGUGAUGACAAAGGAAAAGCAGUAGACGACUCAGGCCGAGCAAGAGACAUUAGAUGUUUCAAAUGUCAAGGGCUAGGACAUUAUGCCAAGAACUGUCCAAACCAGCGUGUGAUGAUUCUCUUGGAAAAUGGUGAAGUUGAGUCCGAGGAUGAACAAGAAGACAAGGAGGAUCUUGGUCCUAUCUUUGAUAAGGAAGAGGAGUCCUUUGACUACCCCCAUCACGGACCAUUACUUGUGGCUAGGAAGGCAUGGAACGAUCCCAUCUUCGAUAAAACGGACGGCCCCGCGAACGGCCACACGGACAACGACCAUGAUCGUCCUUUGAUCCAGAUUCUGAGCCGAUCUUUGAUGAUGAAGAUAGCUUUGACUAUCCAGCUCAUGGACCACUACUGGAAAUUAGGUCUAGCUACUCGACCUCUUUCUCGUCCUUUCAGGUUGGAAUGGCUCAAUGAAACUGGUGAACAGUAUGUUAAGGAGCAAGUCACGAUCCCUCUCACCAUUGGUCGUUAUGAAGACGAGAUUGUGUGCAACGUCCUUCCCAUGGAUGCUUGUCACGUUCUGUUGGGACGUCCAUGGCAGUUUGAUAAAAGAACCGUCCAUGAUGGUUACACAAACCGGCACUCCUUUGACCAUAAAGGAAAGAAGAUCACGCUUGUACCACUCUCGCCCUUGGAGGUCCAUCAAGACCAGCUCCAACUUAAAAAGAACCGUGAACAAGAGAUCAAAACCAGACAAACCUGA